UGCACCGCGACGAACCGAGCGCGAUACGUAUUUCGACGACAGCCUAUGCUGAUCGAAUAUUUAAAAAAAAUAAUAUUAUAUAAAACUAUAAUAUAUAUAUAUAUAUAUAUGCAUAUAAAAUUUUAUUAACUUUCUGUAGUUUUAACUAUUAACGAGUUAUAAGUGUGUAUAAAGUUACCUGCCGUAACUUUGAUUGUACGACUUAGAAUAAAAGGUAAUAACCCAAAGCAUACGAAAGUCAGGUGUCAGAUUACGCGGAACAGAAUCUUCAGUGACGAAGAGAUCAUAUUCUUGUGAUACUUCGAUGGGCGUCCGCCAAAAUCCUUGGACCCCAACUAAGAGACGUGGACCCAUCGCUGCAGAAUCUGCUAGCCCAGGACCCGCUGUUGUGUCUCUGCCUUCUUUAAUAGGUAAACCUCCUCCAGAAUCUCGAAAAACUCGUGCCCCAGCUUUUACCUUUGGUCAUAAAUUGGAUACUUCUGCCAAAGACAAAGCUGGUCCUGGCCCCGCUUCCUACAACACUGAAGGCAUGACAUCUAAAGCGCCGAAUGUUUAUUCAAUGCCCCCGGUUCUUGGCGAGGCACGAGAGGGCAGCAAGCGAGCGGCACCAGCCUUUAGUAUCACGGGUCGUGGUAAGACUAUCGAAUCGAAGACGCCGAUGCCUGGCCCUGGGACCUAUACCACUGAUAAAGCAGCUUCUGUGAUCACAAAGCGUCCACCAGCAUACACCAUGGCUCCGAGACGAGAAAUGAAACAUCCAUCUUCUACAGUUCCUGGCCCGGGAGUCUACUGUCCUGAAAAAGCUGACGCCGUUCUGCGCGUUAAAUCGCCAAAAUAUAGCCUAUCUACAAAAACAAAAUUUGAAAAGUUUGAGCAAGUGCCUGCUCCCAAUGCAUAUAAUCCUCAAAAAGCAGAUAGACUUUUAAGAGAAAAAUCACCAGCUUUUACGUUUAGAACGAAAUCUGAAAUUAUUAAAGUACACGAUGCACCUGCACCUAAUAUAUAUUCUCCAGAAAAAUCUUUGCAUGCCCUUAAAAAUGGGCCUAAGUACACACUUGCUGGCAAAGGCUCUUCUGAAAAGCAUGAGGUAACGCCAGCACCUAACUCUUAUAAUCCACAAAAAGCUGAUAAAUUAUUACACGAGAGUUCACCUGCAUAUACGCUUAAAUCUAAAGAAAUUCAUGUAAAAUUUGAGGAGACCCCAGCUCCUAACGUAUACGCUCCCGAAAAAUCCUUGCGUAUGUUAAAUGGAGGACCAAAGUAUACUAUUUCAGGUAAAGGCCAUAAUGUUAAAAAAGAAGAAACACCUGCUCCUAACAGCUAUAGUCCAGAAAAAGCUGAUAAAAUUUUACAUGAAAAUACACCAGCUUACACUUUUAGAACAAAAGAAGAACAUGUUAUAAGAAGUGAAUCACCAGGGCCUAAUGCUUAUUCUCCUGAGAAAUCAAUUCAUUCAUUAGACAGUGCACCUAAAUUUACGAUGAGUGGAAAAGGACCCACAGAAAAGAUUAUAGAUACACCUGGACCGAAUGCCUAUUGCCCAGAUAAAGCAGACAAAUUAUUACAUGAAUCAUCACCGGCAUAUACCUUUCGAACAAAAGAUCAGGUAAUCAAGACUGAUGAUGUGCCUGCGCCAAACUUAUAUGCACCUGAGAAGUCUAUGCACAUGCUAGAUGGUGCUCCAAAAUUUACAAUUGCCGGUAAAGGAGCAUCACAGAAGAUUGAAAAUAUGCCUGCACCAAACGCUUACUCUCUCGAUAAAGCUGAUAAAUUACUUCACGAAUCUUCUCCAGCAUACACGUUUAGACCUAAAUUUGACGAUGAAAAACCAUUUGUAACACCAGGUCCAAACGUUUAUGAUCCUAGAUUAAUAGAUGGAACUCCAAAAUUUAGUAUGUUUGGAAAAGGUCCAGAUGCGAAAUUAUUUAAUACCCCUGCUCCAAAUGCAUAUGACCCUCACUUAUCAGACGGAUCCCCUAAGUAUUCUAUGACUGGUAAACCUCAUUCUGCUAAACCAUCGGAUGUCCCCGCCCCAAAUGCCUAUGAUCCUCAUUUACCUGAUGAUGCUCCUAAAUAUUCACUAGCUGGUAAGGGCAGAGUUGAAAAGCUUUUUGAUACUCCAGGUCCUACGAGUUACGAUCCUCAUUUGCCUAAUAAUUCCCCAAGAUAUACUUUGUCAGGUAAAGGUCAUGAUGGGAAAAUUCCUGAUGUUCCUGCACCAAAUGCAUAUGAUCCUCGCUUAUUUGAUGGAACACCUAAAUAUUCAAUAAAGGGUAAAGCUGAACCGGGUAAACCAUCCGAUGUUCCCGCUCCAAAUGCUUACAGUCCUCAUUUACCCGACGAUGCCCCCAAAUAUUCACUGGCUGGUAAAGGAAAAGAUGAAAAAAUAUGGGAAACUCCAGGUCCUACCAGUUAUGAUCCUCAUCUGCCUAAUAAUUCUCCAAAGUAUACCUUGUUAGGUAAAGGUCAUGAUGGAAAAAUUCCUGAUGUCCCUGCUCCAAAUGCAUACGAUCCUUGCCUGCCUAGUGGAAAUCCUAAAUAUACAAUUGCUGGUAAAGGUUAUUCUCCAAAAUUAGAAAACACUCCUGGCCCAUGCGCUUACGAUCCUCAUUUACCUCAAAACAGUCCCAAAUACACAAUUGGUGGAAAAGGAUCUGACCGUAAAUUACCUGAUGUUCCUGCUCCUAACGCCUAUGACCCUCGAUUAUUAGAUGAUACUCCCAAAUUUACGAUAUCAGGUAAAGGUCAACCCGGAAAAAUAUCUGAAACUCCGGCACCUAAUGCCUAUGAACCUGGUAAAUAUUUAUUAAAUGGAGUACCUAAAUAUAGUUUUGGUAUAAAGGGACCAUCAGAAAAACCUUCAAAUAAUCCAGCUCCUAAUGCCUACAACCCAUCAGACAAAAUUCUCCACGAAAUAUCGCCAGCAUACACAUUCCGGCCUAAAAUUGCCAACGACAAAAUUCCGGACACGCCGGGGCCUAACGCGUAUAACCCAGAAAAGGCUGAUAAAGUUAUUUCAGAAACAACUCCUGCUUAUACUUUAUCACCGAAAGGAAGGGAUGCCAAAAUAAACGACACACCCGCCCCUAAUGUCUAUAGCCCAGAGAAGGCCGAUAAGAUACUGCUAGAUAACGCUCCUCGAUAUUCGUUUAGAAUAAAGACAAAUCCAUUCAAACCAGAUAAUGUCCCGGCCCCGAACAAUUACAACCCCGAUAAAGCGGAUAAAGUAUUGAUGCGCAGUUCACCCCAAUAUACUUUUAGGAUUAAACCAGAUGCCCUAAAAGUGGUGGACACUCCCGCUCCAAAUUGUUAUACAAUUCCGAAUCUAAACAAAACACCAUUGUACACGAUUUCGGGUAGACACAAGGAACCAAUAGACGAGCGUUUAAAAGUACCAGCUCCAGGAACAUACAACCCAGAGAAAGGAUAUAACUUUGUUUUAACAUACUCACCUCAAUAUACAUUCGGUGUAAAAAUACAUACAGACAAAUAUGCUGAAACACCAGCUCCGAACAGUUACCGCAUUCUAUCAGUUCUUGAUGCCCCCGUAUAUACGAUGUCUGGUCGCCACAAAUUGCCAGUUGAUGAUCGCACGAAAGUACCAGCUCCAGGCACCUACUCACCUGAAAAGGUGCUUAACAGAACACCGCAGAUAACAUUUGGAAUAAAACAUUCACCUCUCUUAGGACAGUUAAAACCAAUUCAGCAAGUGAGUCACGUUGAAAAACAAAAGGUCACAAAAAUAACCACUGAAGGGACAGAAAAAGUUGUUGGUUCACAAGUAGGAAGAGAUGAAAUUGUUCAAAACUAUAACGAUACAGACGUACGUUUUGUUAACGAGUCGUCAGAUUCUAAUAUCAAUCUCAACAAUACGCGUACAAACGUGACUCAUGUUAGAGCACAUGACGAACUGCGCAGUACGACGGCUACACCUGAGCCGGUACAAGAAACGCUCAGUCAGGAAAUAGUAUGGAUACCAGAAAAGCCAGCACGCCGAGGAUCAUAUACUAUUGAAAAAAACGAUGGGAACGGAUUUAUCGAACGAUUUGAGAAUAACGAAGUUAUACCUGUCCAUAAUGGAGCUGUUCGAGUCUCUAGCAGCGGAGAAAGAGGCGCUUCCUGCACUGAAGAGCGGAGCAGCGAAGUGAUAAGGAAUGAGGGUUACGUUCAGAACAUCGAUAAAAGUGUCAACAGUUCAAAAGCGCACGAGAAAAGCCAGAAAGCGACGGAAGAAGUCCGCGUUGGAGUUGAUGUGCAGCACUUAGCUAACGGUGGAACAUCGACUAAAACAACAACGACAACAGUCAAAAAAGUUGGAACGGCUGCUAAAACUGCUAACGCUACAACAACUGUAACGCGCAUGAAAACAGCCGUUACAUCGCGUGAUGUUGGAGUUAAAUAAUUUGCUUUAUAUUUUGUAACGAAUAAAGAUAAUAUAAAUAAUAUAUUUAAAUAAGCUUACCUACUUGUUACGCUUAGAUCGCUUCAUCGUAAUAAAUAAGUCAUAGCUUAAUGCGAUAUCAAGCGAGCUUGUUAAAGUGAAUUAUCAAUUUUACAGUUUGCCGUUAAAAUAAAUGUACUAGUAGAAACAUUUAAAUAUUGCAUGUUGACUAAAUCCUUGUUAUUUAUUAAGCUACAAUCGUUUUUUAUUCUACGUUGUUUUGUUCGAAUCUAAAUUAACGUUAUUAAUUAUACUAAUGUAUACUUUAACUUAUACAUUAAACUCACUAUUUUUGC